AUGAGUGGAUAUAAUGUUACAGACCUGAACCUCUCUAUAAACAUCAGUAACCCAUGCGCAGAUGUGAAUGAAUGUGAUGAGAUUCCUGAGAUUUGUGGUCCAAACUCAAUCUGCAACAACACUGCUGGGAGUUACAAUUGCUCGUGUAUGAGUGGAUAUAAUGUAACAGACCCGAACCUCCCUUUAAGCAUCAGUAACCCAUGCAGAGAUAUUUAUGAAUGUCUUGACCCAUCAUCAGUGUGUGGGCCGAACGCUUACUGUCACAAUUACAAUGGAAGUUACUCGUGCUCUUGUUGGGAAGGAUAUAACAUCACUGAUGUAUCUCACAAUAUUAGUAACAGUAACCCAUGCAUAGAUAUAAAUGAAUGUAAUAAGAGACCUGAGGUCUGUGGUCCAAACUCAAUCUGCAACAACACUGCUGGGAGUUACAAUUGCUCGUGUAUGAGUGGAUAUAAUGUAACAGACCUGAACCUCAAUAUUAACAUCAGUAACCCAUGCAUAGAUGUGAAUGAAUGUGAUGAGAUGCCUGAGAUCUGUGGACCAAACUCAAUCUGCAACAACACUGCUGGGAGUUACAAUUGCUGGUGUAUGAGUGGAUAUAAUGUAACAGACCCGAAUCUCCGAAUAAACAUCAGUUACCCAUGCACAGAUAUUGAUGAAUGUCUUGACCCAUCAUCAGUGUGUGGGCCGAACGCUUACUGUCACAAUUACAAUGGAAGUUACUCGUGCUCUUGUUGGGAAGGAUAUAACAUCAUUAAUGUAAAUCAAAGUUUUAGUGACAGUAACCCAUGCACUGAUGUGAAUGAAUGUGAAAAGAUUCCUGAGAUCUGUGGUCCAAACUCAAUCUGCAACAACACUGCUGGGAGUUACAAUUGCUCGUGUAUGAGUGGAUAUAAUGUAACAGACCUGAACCUCCCUAUAAACAUCAGUAACCCAUGCACAGAUGUGAAUGAAUGUGAUGAGAUUCCUGAGGUCUGUGGUCCAAACUCAAUCUGCAACAACACUGCUGGGAGUUACAAUUGCUCGUGUAUGAGUGGAUAUAAUGUAACAAACCUGAACCUCCCUAUAAACAUCAGUAACCCAUGCAGAGAGUAA